AUGUCAGAAAACAAUAAUCUGUGUUUAUGUGGAAGAAAAAGGCAAAAAAUGAAUGAUACAAACUGGAAACGUCAUCAAACUGCAUGCAAUGUUUCAAAACUUAAAAGUUCAAAAACUGUAACUAGUCUAUUGUCUUAUAUGACAAAAAAAAGAACUAUUAAUGAUGAAGAUGAAGUCCGGUUAUCUCUACCAAAAGAUACACUGAAAGAUAAAAUUACAACCGCUACUUCAAACUAUGGAUCUCCUGUUACCCCAUUAAAUAAAUUGAAUACUGGCAAUGCUAACACAAUAGUAGCACCUAUUGAUUUGGUAACUAACUCAAUAGCUUCUUGCAGUAAAAUGAAUGUAGUUGAUGAAUCGUCUAACUCUAACAUAUUGUAUGGCGUCUGUUCUGAUGAAAAUCAAUGUAAUGAGUUAUCAACUGGAGACGUUGAAGAUAUUAGUAACAUUGUCGAGCAGGACGUCAGACAUUUUCAAUUCCCAAAUGAUCCAUCAAUAGUACUAGAUUCAAAAAUGUCCCCAGAACAGUUUGCUUAUGUUGCUGCUUUACAACCGUGUCAACCUAAAGCAUCUGAGUUAAAAGGGUGUAUAUUUCCAACUAGAAUGCAAGGCAAAUGGUUGCGUUCUUUUCAUGAGGAACAUUAUUAUAAAAAACUUCCAAACGGUGAAUUUGUUAAGCGAACUUGGAUUUCCUAUUCCCCAUCGCAAGAUAAGGUUUACUGUAUUGUUUGCAAACAAUUCGGUAAAGAAGAUGCAAAAAGCCAUCAACUAGCGCGGUUCGGUUCUGAUGAUUGGAGCCAUAUAUCAUUCAAGCUUAAAUCACAUGAAUCAAAUAGUGUCCAUUUAGAGUCUGAAAUUCGAAGAGCCAUGUUUGUAAGUAAUCAAAGAGUGGUUAGUACAAUUUUUGAAUCCUCAAACAGAAAUGUUGCUGAAAAUAGGGAAAUUGUUAGAGUAAUUUUUGAAAGUCUUAUCUACCUUGCUCGUCAAAAUAUUGCGUUUAGAGGCUGCGAUGAAUCUUGGACAUCAAAUAACCAAGGCAAUUUUAUUGAACUGAUUAAAUUUAUAUCAAAAUAUAAUCCAACACUUUCGUCUCACUUAACAAAAAUUCAAAAUUCAAAAAAAAAAAAUCGACUAACAUUUUUAUCCAACCUAAGCCAAAAUAAUAUGCUCCAUGUUCUUGGUGAAAUGGUUCGGGAAAGAAUUUUAAUUAAAAUUAAAAAAUCUGGAGUAUUUUCAUUCAUUAUAGAUACCACAACAGAUGUUUCUAAUUUAGAGCAACUUUCAUUAGUAAUUAGGUUUAUAAAUGAAAAUGAAGAAGUAGAAGAAAGAUUAGUUGCUUUAGAAACUGUAUCAGACGCAAGAGGUAUUGGUAUGUUUAAUGUUUUGUGUAAUAUUUGUCAAAAAUAUGAUAUUGAUUGGGAAAAGCAACUGUGUGCACAAUCAUAUGAUGGGGCAUCGUCCAUGCAAGGCCAAUACUCUGGUGUUCGUGCAUAUAUUCAAGAAAAAAAUCCUCGUGCAAUAUAUGUCUGGUGUUUUUCUCAUAUUUUAAAUCUUGUUGUGGUGGACACUUGUGAUACAAGUAAAACUAUGAGAAAUUUUUUUGGAGAUCUACAAUCAUUGAUAGCUUUUUUAAGAGCAAGAAAACGUACUGCAGUUUUUUUAAAUCAUCAAAAAAUAUGUUAUCCAGAAAAAAGAGUCUGUAGAAUGAAAAAUUUUUCUACUACACGCUGGACAUCUCAUGGCCGUGCUUUGACAGUUAUAUUUGAAAAAUAUAAAGCACUUACUAAUACGUUAAAAGAGUUAUCAAACUCAACUGAACGCGAUACAUCUUCAGUGGCAACAAAUUUAUUGUCUACUAUUUCUUCAUUCCAGUUUGUUACACAUUUGUUAUUAAUGAAAAAUAUCUUUAAGCACACAACUCCAUUAUCCAUGUAUUUACAAUCGCUAUCAUUGGAUUUCAUCACUGUAUUAACUAUGGUUGAUAAUUGUGCUAAGAAAUUGUCUGAACUAAGAAAUGAACAACAGUUAGAUGUUUUAUUGGCUGAAGCCAAAACGUUUUCCUUGGAAAAUGAACUGGAAGAAGUAUGGUUUCCAGAAAAACGGGUUCAGAGACGGAAAAAAAUGGCUGGAGAAAAAACCAACGAUGAAAUAGUAUCAAAUGCCAAGGAUAAUUUUAAAAUACAAGUUUAUUUCACUGUCUUAGAUCAAAUAUGUACAUCUAUAACUAGCCGAUUUGAAGGAUCACGAGAAAUUUUAUCCGACUUGUCCCUUCUUUCAGUCGAUCGACUCAUUGCUGCAAGUAAAGGAUGUCCAAUACCUGAAGAUAAUUUUGUGUAUCUUGAUAAGUGGAUUCCAAAUGUACAAAUUGAUCAAUUAAAAUUGGAGUAUUCAACUUUUGCAUACAGUUUCCUUAAAUUGAAAUCAAACAUAGAAAUUGAAAAAUUGCAUGAAAAGGUAAUAAUAAGUGAAUCAGAUGAGGAUACAAGCGUUGAUACAGAUGAAGGCAAUAGUGAAGAAAAUAAAACUAAAAUGACAGUUUUAAAUGUAUUAAAGUUAUUAAAUACAUUUAACUUGAUAUCUGCAUUUCCUAAUAUGUACAUGGCAUAUAAAUUUUUGUGUACCAUACCAGCUACAUCAGUCAGUAGCGAAAGGACUUUUUCUAAAUUAAAAUUGAUUAAGACUAGAAUUCGUUCAACAAUGGUACAAAAACGUCUUGACAGUUUGAUGCUCUUAUCAUGCGAAAAAGAUGUAAUUAUUAACCUUGAUGAAGCAAUAAACAAAUAUGCCAAUACCUCUAAACUACUACAAGAGGCAUUACUAUAUAAGUAA